UAACAACAACCGGCGAAAAACGAAAACAUUUCUGAAAUUUUGUCAAAAUCAUCGUUUUAAGAUGCCGUACGCCAAUCAGUCGACACUGACGAUAUCAGAACUAACAGAUGAAAAUGUGAAGUUCAUCAUAGAAGAUACCGAUCUGAGCUGUGCAAAUGCAUUGAGAAGGGUUUUCAUAGCAGAAGUUCCAACAAUAGCUAUUGAUUGGAUUCACAUUGAAUCCAACUCGACCGUACUGAAUGAUGAGUUCAUCUGUCAUCGUAUUGGCCUUAUUCCCCUGACCAGUGAUGACGAAGUUGACCGUAUGCAGUACUCUAGGGAUUGCACCUGUGAGGAAUUCUGCGAAAGAUGUGCGGUGGAAUUCACGCUUGAUGUCAAGUGCACAGAUGACCAGACCCGCCAUGUCACCACAGCCGAUAUGAUGUCCAAUAAUCCCAAGGUUGUGCCGGUGACAUCCCGCCACAGAGAUGAAGAAUCAGAGUAUGGUGAAACAGACGAUAUCCUGAUUGUGAAACUGCGUAAGGGCCAAGAAAUCAGACUACGUGCAUUCGCCAGGAAAGGAUUCGCCAAGGAACAUGCAAAAUGGAAUCCAACGUGUGGUGUGGCAUUCGAGUAUGAUCCAGAUAACUCAUUGAGGCAUACCACUUUUCCUAAACCGGAGGAAUGGCCAAAAAGCGAAUACACAGAAUUAGAAGAAGAUCAGGCUGAAGCACCAUACGACCCCACGGGAAAGCCAAACAAAUUCUUCUUUAACGUAGAGUCUUGCGGAUCCUUACGACCAGAAAACAUUGUGUUCUCGGGAAUGUAUCAGCUCAAGAAAAAACUCACCGAUCUUCAGGUUCAUCUGAGUCAAGAGAUACAGAGUGAUGUUUUGACAAUUACGUAAUAUGAGUGAUUUUAACACAGACAUUGGACUGUUACAAAUACAGUGGAACCUCCCUUAGCGGUCACCUGUCUGUUAAAUAAGGACAUUGUUUUGGUCCCAGAUUGGUUGGUACCAUUCAAUUUGAACUCUCUGAAGAGGACUCCUCUCUAUUAGGGACCGCACUUGUCAGUCCUGAGGGUGUCCUCAUCAGAGAGGUUCUACUGUACAUGAGAAAGUCAGGAACUUGCAACGAGAAUGACUUGACCUCAAGAGACUGUCACAGAGGUUUGAGGUGAUAUCUUUGUAAGCUCAAUUCUAAAAAAGUGCAGAUUAAGAAAACCAUGAUGUACUUGAAGGACACAAAUUUGUAUUCCAUGAGAUAGCCAGCUUUCACAGCGUGGAACCAAUCGUCAUAGUUGGUGUGAUGAUCUCCACUGAAUGUGUGUUCAUUUGUAAUAAAAUAUGUGAACCAUACACAAUAAAUGUGUUGUUGAUA